UAACAAUCACUUGUUUUAUACAUUAUUUACAAGAAUCGUAAUUGUUUGCAUGUUUGCAUGCAAAUAUUACGUAUAAACUAUAGCCUAUAAAUGACAACUAGUAUUAACGGUUGUUUAUUACAGUAGCUUGUCUCGUAAUUAAUUUUAAUAAUUGAUACAUUUAUUUACAAGGAUUUUUGUUCUGCAAAUAUAACGCAUAGCCUAUGAAAACCAUUAAUGUAAUAUUUCCCGCUGAUUUAUUGUAGUAGCUUGUGUCUCGUAAUAACGGUGCAUUGUGAAUUAUUUUGCAGUUGCACUUUUCCUGCAUGUUACUGUGACACACAGCUGUAAUUGAACUCGUAUAAACCCGUGUUACUCUCAAGAUUGAUCGGAUUAUGAUUCUGUUGACAUGCGUAAUUACGCAUGGUAAUGAAUGUACUACGCACGGGCGGGGCGGGGUCGCCUCCAGCUGCGGUGGUCCAAGGGGCUGAUGCUGAUGGAUCCGGCUUGACAGAACAAGGUUAUCCGCCAGAAGAGAGUCCGUCCAUUUUCUUCAUCGGCUCCUCACUCACAGCAGCAGCAGCAGCAGCGGCGCUACCGGACUCCGCUUCUCCACGCACAGCAGAGGCGCAGGAAGAGUCCAGGUUGCCGCGCCCAACAGAACACGAGAUGCGACCGACUCCUGCAGCUGGCUGGGAUGCACAAGCAGAAAUGCAAAUGAUGUCGUUCGGAGGCAAUCUCGUCUUUCUGGCACUUUAAGACGAGGAACGCAAAGAAUCUAGAGGAGGUGGUUUUUAUUUGCCGCACGACACCGGAGUGGAUGUAACAGGAAAAGUCAUUUGCAUGGAUCUAAUUAGCCUUUACUGAUCGUUCGCGUGUGAACUUUUCCUUCUAACAAUGUGAAUCUGGGAAAACAGCGUGUGUUCUUUGCGAUGCACCACACGAGAGUGUUUUUCUAACAUCUUCAGCACACUGACUCGGUGAAGAUGCAGAUGCUGCUGCUUUUAAGAACGAUCUUUUUCAUUGCAGGUUGUCCACAUGUUUUGUUGCACGGAGAAACCCGUAAUGCACACACCAAAGAACCAGUCGCUCUUAGGAGCCUUCAUGAUGCCAAACCCAGUGCCACACACCCUGCGAGGCAUCGAGCCGCAGGUACACCUGCCUUUGACAUCAAACAGACUUCAGAAGACAACAGUAACUUGUCUUCACAUCUCUGGCUGCUUUUGGAGAGCGGAGGUAAGCGGUAUGGAUACAGACAUCUCUUGUCGAACAGAACACAUGCGGUCACGGAGAGUGCCACGAUCCUCCAUAAGCGCUCUCGGCGACAUAAAAGGAAAAAGUUGAAUGGCGAGAUGCCUGCUACCAUGGGAACAGUAGGUGGACACAAUAACUCUAAGCCGUAUUCAGCAAGCAAGCGAGAAAGAAACCACAGACGCAAAAGAGGCACAAAGGAACACCACAAGAAAGCGUUUAGGAGCUUGAAAAGGGGCCAGAAUAAAAGCGCUGCCCCAUUGACACCAGUCGAAACUUAUUAUAACGCCCUGACAUCCUCUUUAUCCAUGUGGGAACCGAUGCCCAAGCCUCUAGCGCUCACCUCCACAGAUUUCCCAUUCGAUCUCACCAGGUAUGCCGAGUUCCACACCAAACAGAUAGACGACCCAUGGGACGCCACGCCGAUGACCCCUCCGUACGCCGAGGAUGAGGAGAGCGAAUUCUUCCCCAAUCCUUUCUACCCCGUCACUAGCGAGACAUACGGGGCGUAUGCAAUCAGCAUCGUUUCCAUCCUCAUUUUCGCUGUGGGAAUAACGGGGAACAUAGCAAUAAUGUGUGUGGUGUGCCAUAAUUACUACAUGAGGAGCAUCUCAAAUGCUCUGCUGGCUAACCUGGCCAUUUGGGACUUUGCACUGCUCUUGUUGUGCCUGCCACUCGUGGUGUUCCACGAACUCACAAAGACCUGGCUGCUGGGCCAGUUCACCUGUAAAGUCGUACCGUAUAUUGAGGUGGCGUCUCUCGGCGUGACCACUUUCACCCUCUGCGCGCUCUGCAUCGACCGUUUCCGCGCCGCGACCAACGUUCAGAUGUACUACGAGAUGAUCGAGAACUGCACCUCCACCGCCGCCAAGCUGGCCGUCAUCUGGAUCGGCGCCUUGCUCCUCGCCCUCCCCGAGCUCCUGAUCCGCCAGCUGGUGUCAGAAAACGGUGACGGAACGGUGGACGAGCCGGCGUCCGAACGCUGCCUGAUCCGCAUCUCCACGUCCCUUCCCGACACACUGUACGUCCUGGGCCUGACCUACGAAGGCGCGCGUCUCUGGUGGUGCUUCGGCUGCUACUUCUGCCUGCCGACCCUCUUCACCAUCGGAAGCUCGGUGGCCACCGCCCGGCGCAUCCGUCGCGCAGAACGCGGCUGUGCCAGAGGCAACAAGAAGCAAAUCCGACUGGAAAGCCAAAUGAACUGCACCGUAGUGGCGCUGGCGAUCGUCUACGGCGCGUGCGUGGUUCCCGAGAAUGUGUGCAACAUGGUUUCGGCAUACAUGGCGGCCGGGGUCCCGCAGAGCACCAUGGCGCUGUUGCAUCUGCUCAGUCAGCUGCUGCUGUUCCUGCGUGCUGCUGUCACACCGGUGCUGCUGCUGUGCCUCUGCAGACCCUUCGGCCGUGCCUUUCUGGAGUGCUGCUGCUGCUGCUGCGCAGAUGCCUGCGGGAUCGCCACUCACUCCUCAGCCACGGCCAGCGACGACAAUGAGCACGAGUGCACUACAGAACUGGAGCUGUCGCCGUUCAGCACUAUUCGCCGGGAAAUGUCCAACUACACGGCGACUGGAUCCCACUGCUGAGUGAAUGUGUGGGGAUUCCAGUGCCUACUGUACUGUACUGUACUGUACAAGCACAUGCUUUUGUUUUACUGUGUAAAUACUUUGACCACAACCGGUGUGUUGCUCUUUUAAAGAAGGUAAUGUAGACUGAAAAUUAUGUAAGUACUUUUUUUUUUGUAUAAUUGUCCUUAAUAUAUAUAAAUAUAUAUAUAUAAAUAACUAGUGACUGCUUUAAUUUUGCAGUUUUUUUGCACUGCCAAACACUUUAGCUUUCUCUUCACUCUGUUUCUGCACUUGCAUCGCGUCUACACUGGAGGCGAUCGAAACGGAGUCACUCCGCUUCAAAUUGAGUCUGUCUGCACUGGAAGUGUUCAUCGACUUAAGAUGCUCACUAAUCACAAACUAGUCACAUCUAGGUUUCAGGGUAGGCUAAAGGUAAAAUUUAAGAAAUCUAUUGAAUGUAAAAUACUAUUAUUUUCAACAAAAAUCCAAUUGUAAAAUAAAUAUAUAUUUUUUAUUUAAUUUAAAUUUAAUUUGAAAUAUUUUACUGCUUGUAGUUUAUUAACUUUUUGCUUUAACUUUUACUUUGAGCAAAUAAUUGACUUUACAUAGGUUUUAUUUUUUAUUUCAAGUAACUGCCAAAACUUAUUGAAAUAUAAAAUGAAUGAAUGAAAUUCAUUGCAAAAAUAAAAUAUGUGAUAUUGUUAAUAAAAUCAUUGUAGUGAAGACAGAAAUGGAAAAUACUGGCUUCCCACAUCGUUUGACAGAAUGAAUUGCAACUAUUUUUCAUGAUACUUCCAGGAAUUUGUAAUAAUUUUGAAAUAUUUAAAAAUGCAUUUUUAAUUUUUAAUCCAUCCCAGUUUUUCUUAAUUUGUAAUUCAUUUUUUCAUAAUUUAUGUAUUUUUUCAUAAUUUUAAUUUAUUUUUCAUUUAAUUUUAUAUUACCUUUUAAUUUAAUGCAAUUUAGCUGUCAUUUAAUACAAUACAUUUUUUUGGCUGCCAAUGGAUUUAUUUAUUAAUUUCCCUGACUUUUCCUGGCUUGGAAAUUUCACUUUUACAGAUUUCCAUGAUCGUGAUAACGCUGAAAAUAAAGAACAGCUGAACUAGUUAUAUCACAUCGCUUGAUGUAAAGGAAUCUGUCUAAUUUUUAGCAUCCGGUGUAGACGCGGUGUUAAUGUCGCACGGUGUGUUUCUGCAUUUCUUGAAAGUAACAUUUCUCUAAUGUUUCUAAAUGGCUGUGUGUUGCGUGCCGUGACCUUUCUCUUGAUGAAGGUGAUUCUUGUGAAUCGUUCUUGAAGUCUGUAGAGCAUCUGUAUGUGUCUUAUACCUGUCAACACCCACACGAUGCUCCUUCUAGUUAACGGUUUCUAAACGUUUUUAUAACCGAAACGAAAUGUCUCUUUAAUAAACACAACACGUUUGCUUGAAGAACAGCAAACUGAUAUAUGAAAGUGGUUGCGUGCAUUUCUUUUGUGCCGUGUGCUAAUCAUAAACCAGCUUUUGUGCGUUCAGAAAGAAUACAAUCCGAAUACAAACAGAGGGUUUUGCUCAACUAAAGUCUCCAACAAAGAUUUCCAAUGUUUUUCUAAGCUGUCACACUCUUUUCCCCCUGCAUUAUUCAAGGCCAGCGGCUCACAUCCGUCCCGGCAUGUGUCUGAGGAAUUGUUUAUCCACAUAAAAGCAUUAGCUGUCAGGCUUCACACUGAACAGGCCCAGAUGAGAUCUUACUCCAAACAUGGCGGACUCCCCUCCCACAAGCUGGAGGAGGUGCUCUUUCGUGUUUCAAAUGAAUCUGCCGUAUUUGAGAUGUCAGAAACGGAGCAAUCUGCUAUUUUUGGGACACUUUGUGGGAAGACAGUGACAGACAGGAACGAUUGUGUUUGGACGAUUUACAUAUGAAAAUGUUUCAGCAGAAACUGUUUCACAACGCUUUGAUUUGUUGCAGAGUAAUCAGACUCCCAAAAUUUGUCAUCUACUCAUGUUUAAUCUCAAUCGUGCAUGUGGGGAAAGAAAUCAUUCUGGAAAGCUUUGAAGAUUUGCAAAUCUUGCUGAAAUUGACAGAUCUCACAAAAACAAACAAAAUAACAUGUCUGGGUCGCAACUGGCCCCAAAACAAGAUCAAAAAAGAGAUUUUGCAAAGUAAGGCAUAUUUUAGGAGCAUUAAGAUGUUUUACAUUGUGACAAAUGAUGGCCAUUACGCAUAUUUUCCUUCCAAAUUGUCAUUAAUUUAAUGUGUGCAUUCUUACGUUUCUGUUUGUUUAUUCUCAUUCUUAAUAGUGAUUUUAAUUUGCAUUACAGUAAAAAAUAAUGAAAUGAUCUUUUUAUCUUUUUAUUUAUAAAACUGCUCAUUUCUGUGUCAUUAAACUGAAGGAAAAUUGGUGUACAAACAGAAAUUGCUAGUAAAUUUCACAAUUAAAAAUUAGUUACUGGAAUUAACAAACAGAUAGUCCUUCCCCAAACUCUCACAAUUGGUUGACCCAAGAGCUGAUUGGUUUUUUUUGUAUUCAUUUUGUUUUAAA